GCAAAUUCAAGACACUGAAAUGCCUGACUUAGAAAACAGGGUCUUUGAUCAGAUGGCCUAUCUAGACAUCCAGUGUGAUGUGGAGAUGUGCAACCUACUGGCCUACAUGAAACACCUGGAAGGCCGGCAUGAGGAAGCCCUGACUGACCUGAAAGAAGCCGAAGACUUGAUCCAGCAAGAAGAUGCCAACCAAUCGUAUGUGAGAAGUCUGGUUACUUGGGGAAACUGUGCUUGGCUCUAUUACCACAUGGGCAGACAGGCAGAAGCCCAGAUUUACCUGGACAAGGUAGAGAACACUUGCAAGGAACUUGCAAGUUCCUCCAGGUAUAAAGUGGAAUGUCCUGAGAUGGACUGUCAAGAAGGAUGGGCCUUGCUGAAAUGUGGAGGAGCUAAUUAUGAACGGGUCAAGGCCUGCUUUGAAAAGGCUCUGCAAGUGGCCCCUGACAACCCGGAGUCCAGCACUGGGUAUGCAAUCAUCAUGUAUCGCCUGGAAAACAUUAAGAAAACAGGACAUAGCAGUCUGCAACCCCUAAAACAUGCCCUCAGGCUAAACCCAGAUAAUGUAUAUCUUAAGGCUCUCUUCGCCCUAAAGCUUCAGGAAAUAGGACAAGAAGUUGAAGGGGAACGCUACAUUCAAGAAGCCCUGAACAACAUGUCCUCUCAUGUCUACAUCCUUCGGUACGCAGCCAAGUUUUACCGAAGAAAAGGAGUUCUAGAUAAAGCUAUUGAGUUCCUAAAAGAAGGCUUGAGAGCAACACCCAAUUCUUCCUUCCUGCACCAUCAGCUGGGGUUUUGCUACAGGUCGCAAAUAUUCAAAAUAAACAGAAGUACAAAUUGGCAGUGUAGGAGGCAGUCUAGAGAAAAUGUUGAAAAUUUAACAAAAUUAGUCAUAUCUCAUUUGGAACAAGCCGUGCAAAUAAAGCCUACUUUUGUGCUUGCUUAUAUACACCUGGCAGAGACGUACACGGAAGCAGGUAGCUACAGAAAAGCUGAAGACAUCUAUCAGAAAUUGUUAUGCAUGGACUUGUGCAGAGAAGAAGAACUGCAAACAAUACAUUUCAAUUAUGGCAAGUACCAGGAAGUUCACAAGAAAUCAGAAGUUGAUGCAAUUGUCCAUUAUUUAAAAGCAAUAAAGAUAGGAAAGUCAUCGUAUUUAUGGGAUAAAAGUAUCUCUUCUUUAAGGAAAUUGGCUUUCAGGAAACUCAGAAAUAAUGAAUUAGACCUGGAAAGCUUGAGCAUCAUUGGGUUGAGCUAUAAAUUGCAAGGAGACAUAACUAAGGCCCUCCAGUAUUAUGAGCAAGCUUUAUCUCUGGCUGCUGACCUGGAGAACGCUGAAGGACAUGGAUCCCAGGACUGAAAUCCUAGGUACCACUUGCAUACUGCAUUUGAUUUUAGGUUAACACUUACUAAACUUUUCUGCUGGUUGCUUUUUAGGGACAUAGGCUAUGCACAGUAAAGUUGCAAUAUUUGAACAAUUACUUAAGCCUAAUAAAAUAUUAGUUGU